AUGACAGCCAACCGCCCUGUAGGCUUCGCCGUUGCAGAGCCUACCCCUGCACCGCGGCCAAGUCGCAUCACCAUCCCGGGUCGCACCGUGACUCUCGAACCACUCCGCGCCUCACACGCCGAGGAACUAUUCCCACACAUCGGCGGCGACAAGCACAGCUGGCUAUGGGACUACAUGCUGGGCGGGCCUCCGCUGACCGUCGCCGAGUUGCAAAGUUACCUUGUCGGGUUCGAGAAAUCCGAAAGUUCGAUAUUAUGGUCUAUCAGGGUGCAUGACGGCGAGAAAGAUAGAGAGAGUAAGCUGAUGGGGUAUAUCGGGCUGUUGAACAUUGUCCCUGCCCAUCGCAGCAUCGAAGUGGGCCAUGUCAUGUAUUCCCCCGCAUUACAGCGGACGACGCCUGCAACCGAGACUCUCUUCCUGCUUGCGCGCUACGCAUUCCGCGACUUGGGGUACAGGCGUCUCGAGUGGAAAUGCAACAGUCUAAACGAGUCUUCGAAACGGGCAGCGCUACGGUAUGGGUUUACUUUUGAGGGCGUGUUUCGGCAGCAUAUGAUUGUCAGGGGACGCAAUCGAGAUACGGCGUGGUACUCGUUGCUGGACUCGGAGUGGGCAGAGGGGGGUGUUGAGGCGGGGUUUGAGCAGUGGUUGGACGAGAGUAAUUUCGAUGAGCAGGGGAGGCAGAAGAGACGGCUGGAACUUAUAAAGGCGACUUAA